AUGGCACCUGCACACGAGGAAUUUUACUGGGCCCCAAAGGACAUCGUCUACACGGCGAUCGUCGGCCUGGUGAUGCUGGCAGCUGUUCUUGAAUGGUUCCUAUGGAUUGCUGCAUUCCUAUAUUGUCUGUGGAAAGUCUUCAUCAAGGCAGAACACUGGACUAUCAGGGUGUUAGCAGUUAUUGUCGCGAUACUGUUCACAUGCUUCAGAGCAAUUUUCCUUCCUAUUAUGAUUGUCACCCUGCCGCUUCCGAGCGUUGUUGUUCAAUAUUGGCCGGAGCAGAUGGUCCAGGGUCUCCAAUGGUUCGCUUUCUGGAGUUUCGCUGGUCUACUGACCAUCCCUUGGCUUUUUUGCGUCUACCAACUGGUCACAAACCAGCUUGGCCGCACAAAGAGAAUCAAGCAGGUCCUCGACGAAGUUUCGGCACCGAAGGUUGUUAUUGUUAUGCCGGUUUAUAAGGAGGAUCCUGACGUCCUUGUUGUUGCCAUCAACUCGGUCGUCGACUGCGAUUAUCCACCCUCAUGCAUUCACGUCUUCUUGUCAUUCGACGGCGACCAAGAAGAUGAAUUGUACUUGAAUACAAUCGAGAAGCUUGGAGUUCCGCUGACACUCGAGACGUAUCCCAAAAGCAUCGAUGUCUCGUACAAGUCUGCCCGCAUUACAGUUUCCCGCUUCCCCCAUGGAGGAAAACGUCACUGCCAAAAGGCAACGUUCAAGCUCAUCGACAAAGUCUACGAGACGUACCUCAAAAGGAACGACAAUUUGUUCAUUCUCUUCAUCGACUCGGACUGUAUUUUAGACCCUACCUGUCUGCAAAACUUCGUUUUCGACAUGGAAUUGAGCCCCGGCAACAACCGAGAUAUGUUGGCCAUGACUGGUGUGAUCACGUCUACGACUAAGAAGCACAGCUUGAUCACCCUACUUCAGGAUAUGGAGUAUAUUCAUGGUCAACUCUUCGAGCGUACCGUUGAAUCUGGAUGCGGUGCCGUUACAUGUCUUCCUGGAGCCUUGACAAUGCUUCGAUUCUCGGCGUUCCGUCGCAUGGCCAAGUACUAUUUUGCCGACAAAGCCGAGCAGUGCGAGGAUCUUUUCGACUUCGCCAAGUGCCAUUUGGGUGAGGAUCGUUGGCUUACUCAUUUAUUCAUGAUUGGCGCCAAGAAGCGCUAUCAGAUUCAAAUGUGCACCUCUGCUUUCUGCAAGACUGAAGCUGUCCAGACUUACAGAUCACUUAUCAAGCAGCGCCGGCGUUGGUUCUUGGGUUUCCUUAGCAAUGAAGUAUGCAUGCUUACUGAUUGGCGUCUUUGGAGACGUUAUCCGCUUCUAGUCCUUGUCCGUUUCAUGCAGAACACUAUUCGUACAACUGCACUCCUUUUCUUUAUCAUGGUUCUGGCCAUUAUCACGACCUCAAAGAAGGUGGAGAACUUGCCUGUCGGGUUUAUCGCCAUUUCCCUUGGACUGAACUGGUUGAUGAUGCUGUACUUUGGCGCCAAGCUGAGGCGCUUCAAGAUUUGGCUUUACCCCAUCAUGUUUAUCCUCAACCCCUUUUUCAACUGGUUUUACAUGGUCUACGGCAUCUUCACGGCAGGUCAGAGAACAUGGGGAGGUCCUAGAGCAGAUGCUGCUUCUGCUGAUGUCGAUACCACUCCUCAGCAAGCCAUCGAACAAGCCAAAGAGGCCGGUGACGAGCUCAACAUCGUACCAGAGUCAUUCAUUCCCGCCACAGAGGCCCGGAAGGAGAGCAUUGCCGGCGGAAAGAGACCCAUGGGAUCGAUUGGCCGCAAACACAGCGUGGUGCAGCCGCCGUCUAGUCUCGAGGGUCGUUUUGCGGCUCGAAAGAAGUCUUCAACUGGAUGGUACAUCAAUCCGGACGACUCUCCAUCCACCGUUCAUCGUUCCGGACCCAGCGGGUUCGGCCCAGCAUGGGCUCUGCAAUCGCGCGAUUCCUUCGACAGCAUGGUAUCGUCGCAAACUGGUGGUAACUCGGUGUACAUGCCUCGCCGAGUAGAGAGCAUCAUGGGUGAGGAAGACCGGAAAAAAUACGAGCUUGCACAACAAAGUCAGUUCAACCAGUUCUUGGCCAAUUCUAAGCGAUUCGGUGGCCAGACGAGCGGCCAGGUAUAUGAGUACUCCGAAUCCGAAAUGAAGCAAGCUGGGUUCCAAGACACGCCUGACACAAUGGAAGGCGGCCCCUACACCGACAACGUGAAGCUCAGCCAUGUAGACAAUAGACCCAAAUCUGGCGAAGGCCGCCAGGGGCCCAGCGCAUCGCACAGCGCAGCGCGAAGUGGUCGGAGUCCAUUGGCACGGGCCAGUCUGGUCCGCACUGUCAUGUUGGAAGAAGUUCCUUCUGAAGGCGAGAGCUCACACAGCGACCAGGAAACCAGAGAUGACUUGCCGAAGGGCAGCCGGUGA